GGUCGCGGUUGCUCUGCCGCGCUCGCCAGUCGACCUAGCGACAUGGCCACAGGCGGCAGUGCGAGAGCGGGUGAGCCCUGCCCGUCGUCGCUGUUCCGCCUGCUGAAGCGCACCCCGUCUCUGGGCAGCCCCUCCCAGCAGCCCCCGCAGCCGCCCCCGAGACUGCCGCCGCUCACUGAUGGAGGAGGCGAGCACAGCUGCUCACAAGUCAUGCUCAGCAGGGAACCCGCAGCUGUUUUUCCUGAAGUUCACUUUAUCGACAGCUGCAAAAAAAGACUGCCAGAUCUGCAUGAAGAUGAUGUGAUAGAAGAACAGGCUGUUGGACAUGAUUUCAUUCUGUACCAAGCCCUGUUCCAUGAGGUGAGGAGUAUUGUACCUCAGUGGGAAGUUCCUACAAAUGGAAACAGUAUAUAUUACAUGUUAAUUGGUUUCAAAACUCGGGACCACAGUCUUUCCCAAGUUAUGGAAGACUCCUGGAGAGAAUGGACAUCAGCUCGUUACAUCUACCUUAACCUACCAGAUGAACUUGGACUGACACGGAUCUCUCUCUAUAGACAGAAAAUCCCUUGGUCAAUAAACAUAUUUUCAUAUAUUGUUCUAGUAGAGUGCCAAAAUGUUUCAAGCAAGGAUGAUCAGACAGUACUCUCUGAUUUUGCACAAAGACUAAGAGCUGAGAGAAUUACUGGCUACAUAUCUGUAUAUUGUUGUGAGAGGCACAAAUUGCUUCCGAAUGGGACAGCACAUCAUCCACUGACAAAUGGAAUCACAAAUGGUUUCAGUGAACAUGAACCACCGAUGUGUCACAGGUACACCACAUCAAAACUUUACUGAAAUAAAACUGUGGCAAUGGCAGCAACAACAAAAAAUGCAGUGGACAGAAUCUCAACAAUGACGGUUGCAAAGGAAAUUUGUUGAAAAGUAUUUCCUUAAAUGACCGCAUUUCGAAGACUGCCAGUUCAGAUGGACUUUUAUUUUUUUCCCCACAUGUCAACUAUAUAUGACAAUGUGAAUUUGUUAUCAUGCUUCUUUUACAACUGCAUAUAUAUGUUGCACAGUGCUUUUAGUGAUAAAUGUGUAACUGUUAAACUGGA